AGCCUGGUUGUGGCUUUAACAGCCUUUCGCGCAUGUCUGUCUCACCGGACCACGGAGUCGGCCAUGGGCUCUGCCGACUUCGGAGCCCCAACUCCUUUGACCAGGUUGCGAGGUCCGGGCACUUCCGGGCUGCCACGGCGCGAAGGGUGCUUAUGGGCUUCGGCAUGAUCUUUGACGGGAGCCUCAGCUCGCUGCUUGCAGCGGCUCCCGUCGAAUCCAUGCGCUGCCCCACCAAGCAGCAGGUGCAGCUUGCGGGGGAUGUCCUGUUUCGUGCAUCUGCAGAGACGGACCGGGUGGACGUCUUCAUCGGCCACUCCUGGAGCGCAGGCCGCUGGCAGAAGUUCCUGGCUCUGUGUUUGUUCUUCAACCUGGACCUGGCCGUGAGCUGUUCUUUGGGAACCUGCGGUGUGGCGAUAGCGGCACUGCUGGGCUCCAGGGGGAUGACCGGCUUGGGCGGGAGCUCGCUCGCGAUGCCCUGCUUGGUGUACCUGCCCAUGACCGUGUUCUUUGCCGUCUUCUUCUUCGGGCAAAAGCUUUGUGAAAGGCGGUCGCCUUCCGUUUGGGUCGACAAGCUCUGCAUCCAUCAGACUGACAUGGGACUCAAGGCGGAACAGAUUGCAGCACUGCCCGUGUUCGUGGCCCGCUCGAGUCGCAUGCUCAUCCUGUGGGAUGAGACCUACUUCGAGAGGCUUUGGUGCAAUCUGGAGUUGGCCACCUUCUCGCGCCACGGGGGUGCGGAGAAGGUGGAGUUGCUGCCUCUUUGGCUGGCGCCCUGGCUGCUGUUCUCCAUCCUCAGCGACCUCCUGAGCGCAACCAUCUUCGAGGUGCUGGAGCACGUGUUUCCCAAUUGGAGCGUGGCGUGGAUGGACGGAAUCAUCGGCAUGGCCGAACGCGUGCUGGGGCACAACCCGGCCAUGCUGAAGUUCGUCGUCUGGUUUGUGAUUUGGAUGAUCUCGAGCAUUGUGUACCUGCCCGCGUCCAUCCCCAGCUUCUUCUCCUUUCGGAUGAAGCUCCGGAACCAUCAGCUGUUGCUGGACCAGAUGGCAGGCUUCGACGUGCGAAAGGCCAAGUGCACCGUUCCCACGGACCGGGAGGCCAUCGAGCAGCAAGUGAAAGAGCUCUUCAAGGAGGAGCAUCGGCCAAUGUCUUGGCUGCCGCCUGAAGGUGUGGACGAGGGAGAGGUAAGCCUCGACAACCGGCUGAACCGGCUGUGGCGGAUGGAUCCCCUUGACAGCUUCAAUGCCUAUAUCCGGGGCGCUUUGCGCGAGAACGUGAUCACGCAGAUUGGCAAGGAGCUGUACGUGCCAUGGCGCACGUGUCUCACGGCCUUCCUGCCCAUGAUCUUCUACUCCUUGGUGAACGUCCUGGGCUGCGACAACGGGCCCUGCGAGACCUCCUUCAAGCUGGCUGGGUUCAGCUCGGUGCGCCAAUACAUGAUCGUUCAAAGCAUCGGCUGGGUGCUGUGCAUCGUGUUGGCCUUCCCGUUGACCUAUCCCACAUUGCUGCAGAUGCUGAAGUGCGCGUUGUCCAGUGGCUGUCCGGGUUCGGUGCAGCUCUUUCUUGCGUUUCUUUGCUGCCCAUUGGCCUAUGUCUACUGCUACAUUUGCGGGAGCCUCAUCUGGGCCUCGUUGGUUUCGCUGGUGCAGAACUACUCUCCUUUCCAGCUGCUGGUCUUCAUGUUGGUCAUGACGUUGCUGGUUGCUCAGGUCAUGUGGCUUUUUAUCAGGAACUCGCAUUUGAAGCACUUGCCGAGUCGAUGUAUCAGGCGACAGACCUACCAAGAAGUCAACUCCGGAUUCCUCUUUGAUUGUGCCUAAGGCGUCAAAGAUCGUGGACCCGUCAAUAUGGGU